CAUUCAUGAAUAUUUGUUUUCGGGCGCUGGAGUGCGAACUAAUGGUCGGAUUAUUCUGAAAUUUAGUUCUCAGUGCAAAAGACAAGAUCUUCUGGUAUAUCUAACAGAACAAAUAGAAGCAGGGGAGGGGGUUGGGGUUGGAAACCCUUGCAAUAACCAAUGCCAUCAUGUUUCCCGCGUUAUACUGAUAUACGCACCGACCUAUCACCCCUCGCUUGCGCGAGUGGCAGCCAUUGAAUGAAUGUAUUGUUGACGAAAGCAAGAUGAGCGAGGAAAAUAGAGGAGGGGAAUCAUCAGAUGAUAAUUCAUCAGAAAAUGCCGAUGAAGGUGGUAUGGAAUUGAGUCCACUCAAUCUGGAAGGUGAAAACGAGGGAAAUGGAGGGGCACCUCGAGCUGCUUGGGACAGUAAAGUCCAGUUUUUACUCUCGGUAAUCGGCUACGCUGUUGGGCUUGGAAAUGUCUGGCGAUUUCCGUACCUCUGCCAGCAGAAUGGAGGGGGUGCCUUUCUUAUCCCUUAUGUCAUCAUGCUGUUUGCCGAGGGUAUUCCCUUGUUCUACCUGGAGCUUGCCAUUGGACAACGGCUGAGGAAAGGUUCAAUUGGAGUAUGGGAUGAAAUUAACCCUUAUCUCGGUGGCCUAGGCUAUGCCAGCGCCAUGGUUUCCUUCAUUGUCUCGUUGUAUUAUAACGUCAUUAUAACAUGGUGUCUUUACUACCUGUUUUUCUCGUUCCGUACCGUGUUACCGUGGGCUGAAUGCCCGAAAUAUGUGGACGAGUUUAACCAAACUAAAAUAGUGGAGGAAUGUGACAUAAGUGACUCAACAUCAUAUUUUUGGUAUCGCGAGACAUUGGAUAUUUCGGAUGGCAUUGAACAUUCUGAUGGGAUUAAAUGGAAGAUUCUGGUGGCUUUGACAGUGGCGUGGAUUAUUGUGUACCUCUGCAUGUGCAGGGGAAUUAAAUCUCAGGGAAAGGUGGUGUAUGUGACGGCCACUUUCCCUUACGUGGUGCUGAUCAUAUUUUUUGGUCGAGCUAUGACAUUAAAAGGAGCUGGAGAUGGAUUGAGACACAUGUUCACGCCCAAGAUGCACCGUCUCCUAGAUCCUCAAGUGUGGCUUGAUGCGGCAACUCAAAUAUUUUACAGUUUGGGUCUAGCAUUUGGAGGCCUAAUUGCUUAUGCCAGUUAUAACCCUCCAAAAAACAACUGCAAGCGGGAUGCGUUAAUGGUGUCUGUGACAAACUGCAGUACUUCCUUGUUCGCCAGUAUCAUCAUUUUUGCUGUCCUGGGCUUCAAAGCCAAUCUUCUCUUCGAUAAAUGUGAAGAACACAACAAUGCCACAAUCACUGCGCACCUUGAAAGCCAGUGGAAUACCUCCAUUGAUAUCCAAGGCCAUCAUAACAACAGCUUUGACCAAUAUGUUUUGGACUUUAAUCUAACCAACAUCUCAAAAGUACUGCAUUUGAAAACCUGUAGUUUGGAAAAAAAUCUCGAGCAUGCUGCUGAAGGCACCGGUCUCGCUUUUGUUGUGUUCACACAGGCCAUCAUUGAAUUCCCAGGAUCACAGUUUUGGUCAGUCAUGUUCUUCCUUAUGUUGCUCAUGUUAGGACUUGGCAGUCAGUUCGGGACUCUAGAAGGGGUAUCAACCUCCUUAUGUGAUCUUCAGCUUUUCAAGUGGAUGAAGCGAAAAGAGCUAACUGCAGCCUUUCUGUGCAUCAUUUCGUAUCUGAUCGGGUUCAUUUUCACUCUUGGAAGUGGCCAAUACUGGGUUAAACUCUUUGACACAUUUGCUGGCAGUUUUCCCUUCAUGACGAUAGCCUUCUUUGAAGUUAUUGGUGUGGUGUAUUUGCGGGGAAUGAAUAAAUUUAAUAAGGAUAUCGAGUUCAUUACCGGUGAAAAGCCAGGAUUGUAUUGGCAAAUAACGUGGCGAUUCGUGGCCCCAAUUAUUAUGUUCACCGUCCUUAUAGCAUCCGUGAUAAGCAAGAUUAUCGUCCCAGUCACGUAUCCUGUCUAUGACAAAAGUGUCGGUUUGAUGAAAGAAGCUCCCUAUCCGUGGUGGUGUGGUAUUGUCAUCACUCUUCUUGUUGGUUCAUCAGUUAUUAGUAUCCCCCUUGUAGCUGUCCUCAGAAGAUUUGGUUGUAUGAGUAUGGACUCCGCAAAGGCAGCUGUGAGUGCAACCGGUGGAACGACACAAUCAACCUCUGCAAUUAUGCCCGAUUUGGUCGAUCAGUCAAUCAUCUCGGAUGACAACUUGACAGUGAAUUAUACGCCACGGCUGGACAAUGGCAGUUUAACAGUGACAUUUGAUGAUGAUUGAUUUUUUUUGCAUAUGUGGGUCGUUCUGUGUCAAUAUUCAUUAUGCAAGAAAAACCACAGAGUGUGUAACAAUCCUGUACUGCUGUCCAUAAAAAAUGCCUUUCCUGUUUGAAAACAAAAUCCUUUACGAAAAAUAUGUUCUUGUACGACAAGAUGAAAGAAUUUGGCUUAAUUUUGUACAUUUACCUGCAAUCCAUGGUUGAUUUGAAAGUGGAUGGCUGGGCAAUGCAAAAUUAGGUCACUGUCACAUGGAUACGCAUACAUGUCGGGGAAACCAUAUGGAAGACCCUUCAAAUUCCAGCAAAAUUUGACAACGACAAAGAAAUCUCCUAUUGUCAUGUUGGGACAUUUUGAAUAGGUAUUAAGGUCAUUCUAAAUGAUAUCUGAGAUUUUCUGCUGUUAUUUAUCAAACAUUGACUUGGCAGCCAAUUUUUACUUACUUGCCGCCUCCUUGCCUACUGAAGCACAGUUCCUGUUCAUUGUUAUGUAAAGCAUGUACAGAUAUUGCUACAUGCGACGCAGUACAAAAAACAAUGUUGAGGAAAGAGUGCUUUCCCAGGUAAACAGAAGGCCAGUUGGUAAAAACUUGCUGCAAAGUCAUUGGAUGAACAAUGGAAGAAAAUCCUCUUCGAUAUUAUGUAGGAUAAGCAUAUUUCUCAAAGAGCUUACAAUGGGUGAUAUGAAUAAAGACUAGCAAAUGCUUUUACUCCGGUUUUGUACAGGAAGGCCUAGUGUAAAUGUACAUGGAGAUUUAGAUAAAAGCAUUUGCUAGUCUUUAUUCAUAUCACCCAAUAUAUCGACACUGUACAGGAUCCAUGGCAUUUUCCAUGCACAACAGUAAUUUUACCUCAAGAAGCAAUCGUAAUUCAGUUCCUAGAAAUCAUGAGUUGAGUGGUAGUUAAAGCUUCCAACUUCAGGUUUUGCCAGUUAAUGACAUGAGUGAAAUGACUUGGAAUGACCCAUUCCAAUCUGCUAACUGUGCCUUACAAUGCAUUGUACAUGUAUGUCCUCAUUAAAGGUAUUGUCCACUGUUUAUAUCCAGCCUGCAGGAAAUAAGCCAAGUCUAUUUCUUUUCACGAAACAGUUAAAACAUUUUUAUCUUGACAUUUCGUGACCAGUCAAGUCACAUUCUCAGAAAGUGUCUUGGUUCUUCCCCUAGUGGUCAAGAAAGUUUUUUUCGCUACGUAUCAUCAAACUGAAAAUCCUCAUACUCGUAAAGAAAUUGAUGAUUUAUUCUAAGAUAGGUCAUUUAUUUGGUUAUGGGAGAACAAUAUGUGUAUAAGAUGAUACCUGUUAUGAAAAAAGGUUAUGGCUGAUGCUGACAGAGAAUCAGGAAAAAUGUAAUAGCGUGAUAGUGUUUUAUGUAGAAUACAGUAGAACCUCUCUAUUAAGGACACCCUCGGGACUGACAAGUGCUGUCCUUAAUAGAGAGGUGUCCUGAUUAGAGAGGUGAAAUUGAAUGGAAACAACCAAUUUGGGACCAAAACUAGUGUCCUUAAUAGAGAGGUUGUCCUUAAUAGAUAGGUGUCCGCUAACAGAGGUUCCACUGUAUUUUCAUCAGUCAAUUCUUGUUAUUCUUGUAGGAAAGGGAGUACCUGUACUUGGUAAAGCACUCAAACGUGGGAGAUGGCCAUCAUAUCAUUGAGCAAAGAGGUUGCUUUAGUUAUUCCGAUUUAAGUCUGUUUCUGAGUAGUAUUGACAGAGUGUCCCGCAGACAUUUUGUCGGUUUUCAUCCUUUAUUAUUGUUUUGUUGGGUUUUUUUCUGUUUGUCUUUCACCAUUGUUAUGAUUGCCCCAGUUUCUAAAAAACUUCCUCGGCUGUUACUGUUUAAAGGCCAACAUUGUUCAAAAUUUGAUUUCAAAUUUGAUUUUAUAUAUUUUAACAAAAGGCAAUGAAUAUAAUAAAUGUUCACCAAUAAAGAUAUACUCUGCAGGUCAAUUUUCAUUACUUUGAUAUUUCUGUUUACUGUUCAGCGGUAAUAACUACGUUUUAUUUACUAUUGUCAUAGCAAAAAACUACAUUCACAAAUGGUAGGCCUGUGAGAGAUUUCUAAACAUCAACAAAAAUGUUAAAUUUUUUAAACGUCUUAAGGAUGCGUAUCUCAUUCUCAGCUGCAACAUACCUUAUCGGCGUACAAGUCCAGAAAGAUGAGUGUUGCCUGCAGGAUUCCUUUAACCCUUUCCCAUUCUGCUCCCUGUUCACUCGUCAUGAAUACAACUGUUUUUUUUAAUAGUUCCUCUUCAUAAAACUCUAGCUGCACAACCAAUGCAAUUUGUUUAUCAGGCUUAUACGCUGGCUGGUGUAUUUUUAGAGACGUGUAGAACAGUAUUCUCCUACCUAUGCAAGUGCUAACUUGAUCAACUUCAACGAUUAAAGGAGUACGUCAUUCAUAAUUAAUUAUGGGUCAGGAAAUUAGGCCAGGUAAAAGCAUAAAAGUGUCUUGAUAAGAUCUUGUUUAUAAAUUAGAACAGUUUUGAGGACACCAGACAGUGGCACAGUUGUUCAUUAUUUUUUUAUUCUAUAAAUAGCAUCGCUUAUGUUAUUCCAGAUGUAUUGACCUCUUUUUUGGUGAAAUAGGAGAGACCCCUAUUGGUGACUUUGUGAACCAGAUCUGACCUUCCUGGCUUUUAAGCCAGACUCUUGAUACCGGUACUCGAACACUGCCACUGCUGCUUUCCAUCACAUUUUUACUAUUACAUGGCUUGAGAUAUACUGCAUCAUUGCAGCUGAUACUAAAUUAAUAAAAGGCAUCAAGUAGUUAAUGCUUUUAGUUUUUAGAAAAAGCAUUUUCUACAGUUUGAAUGAUCCAAGAUGUUGACAAACGUUCAUCAUCUGGGGGCAAACUAUAGUCUUUGUUCAUAUAAACCAAUAUCACCCUCCAUCAGCUACUUAAUUUGUCCAUGCAUGAGGACAUGCAAGUACUAGAAUACUCCCAUCUGCGCUGGGAUAUCAAAUGUAUAGUGCUUAUACCUAAACCAUUUUAAAACCAAUUUGCCUCAUCUCAUAUUCAACGUUGCAAACUAAAAGGCCAGUCUGGCUAGUUUUAGAAAAAAUGCAGAACGGCUGGAUGCACUCCCUCCUGGGGAAAGGAGACAUCGGGUCCCUGUUACUCUCAUUUGUAAGUAUCAAAUAUAUGUAAUACUGUUUGUAUAUCAUUUAUACAUGUAGAUAGAGAAACUUCAAAUCAUUUUAUAACACCUGUCAUGAAUAUUAUAUUGCUCAUCUGUUGAUACUAACUGCGCGCAUAUGAUUACCAUAGGUUCUAAAUUUUGAAUAACAACCUCAGUCCAACUUUAGAAUUUUCCAUUUUUUGUGGUUAAUUGGCCAUUCUUUGGAAAUGGAAAUACGCUGUAGCUAUUGAGUGACUGUAAUGAUAUUCGAGUAUGCUAUCUUAUGAUAGGUUGGCAUCUUCUGACUCCACCUCUCAAAAUUAGUAGUUGCUGCUAGUCUUUGGUAGUUAUUCAAAAGUAACAAUCAUAAUGUGUGACUUGGUGGAAAUGGACAUUUUUUGCUGUUAAUGUACGUACAUAUAUUUUGUAAAUAACAGUUUCUCUUAUUGAUUGUUAGCAGCUAGUAGGGCCUGGUUCAAAAGCAAGUUUUGUCACUAACACUGUCAUUAACGCCGCGUUGCCUCCAUCAUGCAAGCGCUUGGAUCCAGUUGAUGCCAGAGUUAGUGACAAAACUGCUUUUGAGAACAGGCAAGGACAUCAACUGUAACCGGCAUAAAACUUGAACCUGUUUUAUCCAGACUGAUGAAAAAGAAUUAAAACCUGUAUUGUGUCUUCAGUUAUUGCAUCUGCAUUCUUUGCGAUGUGUGUUUUGAACUCUUUCAUUGCCGCAAAAUUGUACUUUUUACAAACAUUUCAAAGCAUCACAAAGAUGUCAUUUUUACCAGGAUACUUUUCUGAGGUUGGUCUUGAGACAUCAGUCUUGAUCCAUUGUUUCCCAAACAAAGUCAACAUAACUAUGGAAAGAGACAUAUGUACUACCACUCUCUGUGGGAUUAUUCUGUGAAAGUUCAAGCUCAGUUUGGUGUAUAUUUCAGAAAGAUGACUCCUUCCUAUGUAUUUUUCCUUUUUCCAUCAUUAUAUCUGAAGUGAUAGUUCAUCCUUGGUGCCCAUAUUCUAAGGUUUUUGCUGGUAACUGUAAACCAGGAAAUAUUUGUGGCUAUUAUAGGUUGCAUUUUCGUGAAAUUGCUUUUUUGGCAUAGUUUUAACUUUGGGUUUGAGAACGCUGUAUUAGUCAUUUGAUUUUGUUCUGUGCAGAGUUUUAUUUUUGCUAAAUCUCGGGUUGCGAAAAAUGCAAAAUUAUAACACGUGCAAUUUUCCAGGUUUACAGUAGUUGAUGUCAAAUAACAAUGCCCAUUUUGAAAUUUUUUAAGAGAUACAAAAUAGAAGAAAAAAAAGAUGAAAAAAGAAAAAAACAACAAUCAAACUUCGAUAAUUGUAAUGAUUUUCAGGAGAUAUUGAUAGUUGUAAGAAAAAAAAAAUUAUAAUGUUUAAAUGUAGUUCUGUUGGACAUUUGGUGUUUAACAGCUUGUUUUGCCGGUAUGGAUAUGCUGAUAACCAUUGCAACUUUCUCAAGUUCCAGGUACUUGAUAUAGUUUAAAAGAAGUUGUAUAGUGGCCCAAUCCAUAGUAUAUUGUAUAUUGGCCCUGUCUUGAAAGUUUGAUCUGGAGUGCUUUUUGCUGCAACAGAUUGAGAGAGGAGGAAGGUUUGUAAGGUAUGGCAGCUUUUCUUUUUGUCUUUAAAAGUUUUAAACUUCUCUCCAUUAAAAUGUGUUUUUAAGUGAAAAAUUGGUCCUCAGUAAGCCAAGACCUGGUAAUCAAAUCAAUCAAUAUCUUCCAAUAUUGCGUCAUGUAUGGGACAAUGUAUAGACUCUAGUUUCACCGAUCUACAAUGCAAGACUGCUUCCAAACAUUGAAGUCAAGACCAACAAGAUGCACAUGACUUGAUUUCAUCCACCAUGUUAAGUUUGGUUACACUAAAUGGUCUAAUGGUAAUGACAUCAUUUUCCAUCAUGGCCUUUGUGAUGAUUUAUAAUUUAGUAUUUAUAAGAAUACAGCAAUCUAAGAUGGGUGAAACUAUUCAUAUGCAUUGCCAGAUCGUCGCUUUGUAAAUAGUUUGUACAAAAAGUUUAAAAUCCCACAUGUAGGGUGAAAAUGUGUAAAAAUUGUUCUUUCACCAUUAUUCACUGGUUGGUUACUGUGUUGGUGCCUUGUAGAAAAAUGUAACAAUGUGUAUAAAACAUUUGUUUAUGGUGUUGUCGUCCCGAAUGAAAGGCAAUCAGAUUUGGCUGUUGAGACGCUUAACUUCCAUCUCUAUAAUGCCAGGUGUCUGCGAGAGGGCCAUUUGUGCCCUGUAUUCAAGCAGCCAACCAACCCUUCGACAUUUUGUUCAUGAGUUCGAUGCCUUAACCACUCGACAGUUGGAAUCAGGAUCAGCUCUGUGUUGGUCUAGUUUCUACCACGCUCUGUUAAAAUCCAAUGUGGCGUCUGGUUCGGAUUCUAAGAACACAGAUUUAGUUCGCUUUAUAGUUUACAUUUAGUUCAUGAAGAGUUCCGUCUCAUCAUCUGCACCUACCAAUGUGCUCAAUUUCUUUUAAAAUGAUACCACAUAACCAUUAUGAAUUGGAGGGUGCUAGAUCUGAGUGAGUAAGUUUUAACCCAUCGUCUGUGUGUAUCCAAUGACCAUUUUGUAAUUUGGUGCUGGGUGAAAAGAUGAUUGCAUAAAACCUUAUUUUUGUGUAAUGAGCAAGGCAAUCACUUUCUUCCUGAGGAUUAGGUAACAAAUAAUGAAGAGAUACCUACUCUGUGUGACCAGUUUCUAUAGCAUUGCAAUGCGCAGUGUGCCGACAAGGUUUAUGGUUGAGGUUGGUCGAUGGAAAUGAUUUCAAUAUCUUAUCCAAACAACUCCUGUACCCGUGUGUUUCCUGUUGAACCUGAUCACAAUGGCAUAGCAAUAUAUCAAAGAGAUCCUUUGAAAAGCUGGAUAAAAAGGCUGUUUUGAUGACAAUUGUGGAAUCUCAUUCCUCAUAAUUCAUAAAAACAGCAUAUUUGUGGGUUUUCAUUGACAGGAAUGUGCUACAAAUGGCCAUUUUACUUAAUUGCAUAUCCAAGCAUGUUUGUCACACGGUGCCAAAGUAUCUUUGAGAGGGAAAGCUGUGUGAAACUGAAAAAUCAGCCGGUAAGCUUGCUACUUUGAGCGACAGGAGACAAGCCAAUGGUUUCUCCUGUAAAUAUCAAAAUGCAUUAGCAUAACACACGUUUUAAGGUGAUGGUUGAAUCAUAGCUGGGGUAAAGGGAGAUACAUGGUCACCUCUAUCACCGGGUUUAUUAUCAAUGGCGAUCAGGCUUCAAUAUUUGAAAAUGGGUGCUUCUUAUAAUGCAGUUCAAAAUCGGUGGUUUGGAAAACACUUGAGGUUAUGGAUGAGAAUUGUCAAGAGUCGGGAGGAAGUAAUCUUUGAAAGAACUUGAAGGCGAAAAUGACCCGUCAGUUGUUUUGUUGAACUUUUAAAAACUUAUCAAUUAUGACUUCUUAGGGCCCUAAAGGUCAUUUCAAAGUAAAAAAAUAUGAUGAAAAUCUCUAGUUCCACCUGGAAAAGUGCGUCUCGAGAUUUUUGGAGGGUGACAACUCCAAUCUAAGCAACUUGAACCAUGUAUUAUUGAAGUAGAGAAAAAUUUAAAAGAAAUUUCGAGUUUUUUAUCCCUGAGAGUUCUUUAAAAUGUCUAUGUUACUAGUAUUUUGGUGUGACUUUGUCCUUGUUUUAUUUUUAGUGGGUGUAUGUAGUUGUUUUAAGCCAGCCACUGACUAGCAAUUUUCAUCACAUGCAAAAAUAACUAUGUGAAGCAGAAUUCUGACAUGACAGUUCCUCAUCACAAAUAAAGCAAGAAGUUAUUCUAUAUUAAACAAUCUUUCUAUUGUGUGUUUGUGAUGAUGUCACAGUAUGAUACCAGAAGCUAAAAACAUAGGAUAGAGAUUUUUGGAUGAUGUCAUUGAUGAUGCCAACAUGCAUUGGUUGUGAUUUUCAUUUCCAGUUGCAUGCAAUGAACAUGUCUCGUCUUUGGCUGGCCUUAAACUCUGUGUUAUUUGUGAUAAGUUUUACUGUUUUCUUAGGUUUUUGUGUCCAAACUGUCCUCUGUGUGUAUCAUGAUCACUGACAUAAAAAUGUAUAUUAUCGAUGAAAGGAUAAAGGUGUGUUUUUGUUGGCACUACGGUUUUACCAUGGCCCAGUGUUUAAAGUGUUGAGCUCAGCUUCAGAAAAGUGCAUCCUUUGUUAGGGAAAGGGCACGACAGAAUUUUCCUGCUUUUAGCAGUACAAAAAUAUGUUAUCAUUCACAGUGGUAUCUGUUUUAUCAUUGGAUGAAUGUGCUGGAUUUCGUGCCUGCAUUUUAAAUUUUCUUGUUUUGUCGAUUGAUUUGACACAAUGGAUAGAUUUUCUAACAUAAACAUGUCCUGUCCUUUCAUUUCGUACUCGGUCCACUGAUGUCAAAGUGUGAUUAGUUACUUUAGACAAAAAACGAAAUAAAGGAGUAACUGUAAUUACUUAAA